AUGGCUUCACAUGGGGCAUUCUUAGCGCCUGUGCUAGUGCCCAUCAGCAACUGCUUUGUAAACCUUCCUCAUGCCUUUGUACAGACCUUUAUACGUGGCCCUGAAUUUGUAGGACCUGGGUCAAUAAUCCUUGAGCUGUCAUGGGAGACAGUGGAUGGAUAUGUCCAGCGUAUAUGCGUAGGAUGGAUUGGUGGACUUGUCAAGGACGGAGCAUUGCGCAGCGACGUUAUUGAAGUGCCAAUCGAGUUUGCACGUUGUGUGGGACUUCUUGAUUAUCUAGAAAAGACGCCACAGUCAUUUGUUCGAGUCCAUGUGAUGGAAACAUUGCCAAUUGCUCGACAUGUAAAUGUUGAACCUUGUACACCGGACGACUGGGAGUUAAUUCAACUGCAUGCAGGUGCUAUUGAGACGGAGCUGCUACGACAGAUGUGUGUGAUUAAUGACAAACACGUGAGCCCAAUCUGGAUCAAUCAGUACACACUCAUUCGAAUCAGGGCUUCUCUCCCAGUUGGGAUGGAACAUGCUCGAUUGACACCCGUGUCGGAAAUCAUUGUGGCGCCAAAAGAGCGUCAAACUGAGACGACAGAGACUAGCUUGAGUCGCGAUCUGUACUAUGAGCAAUCACCGCCUUUAGUUGUUCAAGAUGAUGUAGAUACACUUCGAAACGAUACCGUUGACGAAGUGUGGAUUCAUCCAGAAAGUCUGGUGAUGCUUGAUGGUGCAGUGAAAUCGAACGCAUCUUCAGAUACGCAAGAAGCUCCUGCUGUGGUGCUAUGGAGCUUAGAAUCGAAGCGAAUUGCAGAAAAUAACAAGCAGACCGAGACUUCAAGACAGAAACCAUGUUGUUAUGUUGCAAGACUGAAGGCCUCUCGUGGCGUUAUACGUGGUCACAUCGUUCUCAACCAAGGCGCUAUUGCUACUUUGGGCAUCACGACUCGUGCUUCUAUUUAUCUUCGCGUCCUAAAACUACCAGAGCUCCCACCUACUUCAGUGACAUUACGCACGAAUUUGGAGAGCCACGACGGAAGGUAUUCUGCAUCGGCUGAUCGAAUUCAGCAGUCAUUUUUACGCUGGGCUAGCUCGGUCAAACACGGCCACAUUGUUUGCUCAGGAUCGGUUCUCCAUUUUAAUCUGGAUAAUGAAGAAGUCAUCCGAGCAAUUGCUGAAGUGCAAUACGAUGAUGAAGAAGCAUAUAGCGUUGAACAGCUGGAAGAUAUUCCUGUUGGUGCACUACAAAGGUAUACCAUUAUAGGCGGAAGCAAUGGUGGUCAUGUACUAUCGAUGGACCAAGUGAUUGUCCAAAACGCAGCUGGCACCCAACAAACAAUCCUAGAGAACCUGAACAGAAGAGCUUCAUCAACUCGAACGCUAAAUAUGUCGAUUGUGGAGCUGUCGCGCAGCGCAAGACCCUAUGCAAUGCUGAUAAAAGCUGUGCGCCCUAUCUUGUCCAGAGAUGCUUCAACAGCGCGAGUUGUGAUGGGUGUAAAACCUCCUGGGUGUGCCCUGGUGUAUGGUGAGCGAGGCAGUGGUAAAUCAACAUGUUUGCGCGCUAUCGUACACGAUAUACAAACCUCUCUAAAUUUUGCUGCUUUUGCAAUGACUGCCGACUGCCGAAACUUACGAGGACUGAAAAUGGAAGUUGUGAAGUCACAGCUGAGUGAGUUGUUUGAAGAGGCAGCCAGGCAAGCUCCUGCUCUGCUCGUUUUGGACAAUUUGGAUGCACUAGUACCUGAAGAAGAGGAGUCUGCAGGUGCAGCUAACGAUCAAUCGCGGCGUAUUGCGGAGCUACUGCUAGUCUUAAUGAAUAAUAACUGCCAGCGCAUGCAGAAGGCCACGGUCGAGUUGAAAGCGUCAUUUAAGCGAGAAUGUGAGGCUAUCAAUGGUUUACCUGACGGACAAAAGAAAAUUGCUCGAAAGAAGCUGCUGGAGACGAUUGGCAGCGCCAUGCAGAGCAAAAGUGUGGCUAUCAUCGCAUCUGCUUGGUCCGAUACGAGUGUCCACAAAACGUUACGAGGCUGUGGACUCUUUGAUCGCCCCAUUCGAGUGACUUUACCGGAUACAGAGCGGCGCGAAAUUGUGAUACGCGGCAUGCUGCAAAUGAAGGUAAAUGACGCGAAUUUUACUGGCAAAGGAAUGAAGGCUUCACGGAAACUUGUUAUUGACCCUUCCAUCGAUUUUGGACUUCUCUCAUCGCUUACGGAAGGAUACAGUCUCCGUGAUUUAUCAGAUGCCACGGAUCGUGCCUUGCAUCAAAUGUUCAGGCGCCACACUUUACUGCAACAAACGAAGGGAGCCUACAAAUUACAGCAAAGCGAUUUUGAGGAAGGUAUUGAAGACUUUCAACCGACGGCAUUAGUCGGAGUCAAUCUCUUCAAAAGCUCUAUCAAAUGGAGUGAUGUUGGAGGGCUUCGACAAGUACGAACAGUACUCAAGGAUACACUGGAACUUCCUACUCGCUAUGCAAAACUGUAUAACAACACACCGAUCAAGCUUCCAGCCGGGAUGCUGCUGUAUGGACCUCCUGGGUGUGGGAAAACGCUGCUCGCUAGCGCUGUGGCGCACGAAUGUGGCUUGAAUUUCAUCAGUGUGAAGGGCCCAGAAGUCCUGAACAAAUAUAUCGGUGCCAGCGAACAAGCCAUUCGCGAUUUGUUUGCACGUGCUGGCUUGGCAGCUCCGUCAGUGCUCUUUCUGGAUGAAUUUGACUCGAUUGCUCCUCGUCGUGGUGCCGAUAACACUGGUGUCACAGAUCGUUUGGUGAACCAGCUACUUACAUUCUUGGAUGGAGUGGAGGCGCAAAAGGGCGUUUACGUCCUAGCGGCAACGAGUCGACCCGAUAUGAUUGACCCAGCACUUCUUCGACCAGGACGUCUUGACAAAUCCCUUUACUGCGGCUUUCCCAAUGAAGAAGAGCGGUUGGAUAUUCUUCAUGCAGUCUCAAAGGGCAUGGACCUUUCCAAAGAAGCACUCGAGUACCUUCCUGAAAUUGCAAGCAAUCCGAAGAGUGCUCGCUUUUCUGGAGCUGACUUGCAGGCUAUCAUGUACUCGGCGCAGCUAGAAUUUGUGCACGAAAAGCUAAAUGGUGACAAGUCCACUUCCAGACAACUUACCAAAGCUCAUGUGGAAACGUCAUUCAAGAACGCGAAACCAUCGACCUCCGAUGCUGCUCGGCUCGAAUUUGAGCGCAUGUACGCUGGAUUUUCCAAAGCUCGCAAUACGGAUUUCUCCAUUGCAGAAGCUCAAGUGUCUACGACAAGUAAUUUACUCAAGUCGCACAUUGCACAUCAACGGCUCUCGAGUCUUCACGACCGUCGAAAUGACGAUGAUCGUCGCUCCGACAGUAAUCAGCCUAAUCAAUACUAUGCUGGUGGUGCUACAGGUCGUGGUGGAGGUAGUGGUUUGUCCGUCAUUGGUCCAGGAGGAGGAGGAAGUGACGAUGAUCACGUGGCAAACAUCAUUGGUCGGGCUCAACAGGAUGCACGUACGUUAGCAGCAGGAGCGGCUAGCGAAUCUACACAACCUCGUCACGUGAUUACUUUCUACAGGGAAGGAUUUACUGUAAACAAUGGACCAUAUCGUGCACGUUCGGAUCCAACCAAUCGUCCAUUCCUAGAGGCGCUUGAACAGGGUCACGUGCCACAGGAACUCGAGGGUGAAAACCGUACUGAACCCGUUGAGAUUAGUCUUGUAGACAAGCGAGAAGAGGAUUAUGUUGCACCACCGGCUCCUGCCUAUACUGCUUUCAGUGGACAGGGACAGACUAUGGGCUCAACCACGUACACAGCUGAAGCAGUGGUUCAAGGAGAGACAUUGACAGCAGAACGUCCAGUGAUUGAUGACAAGAAACCAACAACAACACUGCAACUUCGGCUCCAUAAUGGUCAGCGGCUGAGAGAGACACUAAACUUGGACCACACUCUUCGUGAUCUACAUGCAAUUAUUCAGCUGAAUGACGCGGGAGCACAACCAUACGCACUAUUGGCUGGCUUUCCGCCUCGACCCGUGGCAACGGAUCUAGACCAGACAAUUGAGCAAGCUGGACUCAAAGCUUCUAAACGUGGUGGUAGCACCACAGCCAAAGCUUUUAUCAAGCAGAUUGACACUGCAUUGCAGUCUUCCAUUCGAUCGGUUCCUACUAUCAAUGGUAUUGAUUGCUAUCGUCUCUGGAUUCAGGGCAUUGUAAUUGCUACGUCGAUAGAUCAGAAUCAAUGUACACUGGACGAUGGUACUGGCGUCUUGAGACUUGAGCUCAAGAUAUUCCUAAAGAAUGCGCCUUCUAAGGUCGACGCGCGGCCUCAAUUGGGUCAGCGCUCAUUGUAA